CCACGUCUUUCCAUUCCUCCUUGUUCAUGAUACAUUCCAAUUCAACGCGUUGUCCAUAGCGAUAACCUACGAAAAAAACUUAUUCGUCGGUCAGCCAACUGUCUUUUGCAGUGCCUCCCCCUACGUCUUGCCACGAUUGCGUACACACGGAGCCUACAGCUCGGAAGCGACCAUGGCUUGGGCGCCUGCUCAAUUACCUUACCUCAAACCACCCGACCUACUGCCGGCCCCUCUACCUAUGGAAUCUCGUUUCUUCGAAUCAACAGCCGUGUUUCGGAACGAUACAUCCUAUCACAGAGUGGUUGCGGUCGAGCCUCACUUCAUUGUCAAAUACGGACGUGGUGUUAAAGAGAUUGAAGGCCAAGUACUUCUAUUUCUCGAGCACCACCUAAAAGCUUGCCAUAGCUUGCCGAAGCUCUACGCAAUGUAUCGUAUAGCAAGUACGGGCCAUGUCUGCCUAAUCAUGCAGCACAUGCCUGGCGUGCUACUCGAUCAGUUGUGGCCUACCCUCAAGGACUUCGAGAAAUCUGACAUUUGUGCUCAAUUAAACGGAAUUAUCACAUCAAUCCGAAGCAUCCCAGCUCCUCCGCUUUACGGAAGUGUUGAUCAUGGCCGGUUCCACCAUUAUCUGUUCUAUAGCCCCGAUGGCGACAAAGAGAUAUGUGGUCCAUUCGACUCGGAAGACCACUUCAAUGCAGCACUAGUAAAGCGGCUCCGGUCCAUGAAGACGCAUAGUUUUAAGGCAGACUUCUAUGAGAGAAACCUUGGAAGGAUAUUGGUUGGUCAUAAGCCUGUUUUCUCGCAUUCAGACCUGCAAAGAAAGAACGUGAUAGUGCAUCGGGAUUCAUCGCAGGGCUUAACGGUCAGCCUAAUAGAUUGGGAGGAGGCUGGCUGGUUCCCAUCUUAUUGGGAAUACUUUACUGCUCUGCAAGGUGUACGAUGGGAUGACGACUGGUCCCAGCGCAUCGAAGAAAUAACAGAACCUUGGCUCGGCGAAGCGGCAGUCAUGAAAUUGGUGCAUCAAGACCUCAUAUUCUGAGCGUUGAUGUUCGCAUUUACCUCUGAUAUGUCUCAGCUUGCUAAGCACGGAGCCAUCCAACAGAAAUCUUCCACAGGGAGCUGAUUCUAGAAUAGACGAGUAAUACAAGACAUGAUCCCUCCUCCGGACGUUCAUGGCAACGUGUCUCAACUUUCAACCAUAAAGUCACGUUAAACUCGGCCAGUCGUCUCUCAGGCACAUCACUGCCAAACCCAAUCUUGGCCGUUCCAGUAACGGUAACGCUUCCGAUCUUCGUCCCAUACCCAACCCGUACCCGGUGCUGCAGCGGUGGUCCCGGCUUGGGCAGUUUGCGAUUGACUA